AUGAAGGCUAGAUAUCCGUUGGUGGAAGCUAAUUUGGGGAUUCCGGAAGAAAGCUCAUCUAGGACGCAGGGACGAGUUCUUGAUGACGCACUGUUCAGCGGGAGCAUGUAUCCAACUACUUUGCCAAUGGCGAUGAUUAAGGUGAAGUUUAUUCGCCUAGAUCCGAGUCAUUAUUGUGACUUGUUUUUUUCUGCGUUUGGUGGUAUUGCCUUUCUUUUUCAUUCCUGCAUGUUCGGUUUAUUUUGUUUGCUAAUGCCAAUUCGCGAAGUCGAAACAAGAAUCGUUUAUGUCCCGGAUUAUCCAAGUACAUCCAACCGAAUCAUAGAGGGCAGUCUGAGACUAUCUCAUCCACGUCCCAUAGCCUUCGCAAUAGCUACAGUUGCGACGCAGAAUAAUAAAGCAGACCAAACAGGAUCCUGAUUGUCACAAAUCUGAAUCCAUAGUCGAUUCCUGAAGAAUCUCAUCCCCGCUACAAAUGUUUUCUGCUGGAACGUACCGUAAUACUAACUCAUAACAGAGAAUUUCUCUGCACAGUAACUUUCUUAUUAGCGUGGUUG